CAUGCACGACUUUCACGGCCAAAGUUGCAAUCUUUCUCGCUCCGCCCAUGGCCUUCUUCAACCCCUCGUCUGGAUCCGGGUCUGCUCCGGUUCGGACGUCCGGUCCCGUCGACGGCGAGAUCCACGUCAUCGUAGGCCCAAUGUUCGCCGGCAAGACCACCGCCCUCCUCCGCCGCGUCGAGUCCGAGCUCACCAACGGCAGGAAUGUGGCUAUAAUUAAGUCGAGCAAGGACACGAGAUAUGCGACUGAUUCAGUGGUGACCCAUGAUGGAAUGAAGUUUCCGUGCUGGGUUGUGUCGGAUCUGUCGUCGUUUAGACAGGAAUUCGGAGAUGAUGCCUAUGAGAAGCUUGAUGUGAUUGGCAUUGAUGAAGCUCAAUUCUUUGAAGACCUUUAUGAUUUCUGCAGCACAGUUGCUGAUCAUGACGGGAAAGUUGUCAUUGUUGCAGGCCUCGAUGGUGAUUACUUAAGAAGGAGCUUUGGUUCGGUUCUUGAUGUAAUACCGCUUGCUGAUACUGUGACCAAGUUGACAGCUCGAUGUGAACUUUGUGGUGGGAAGGCCUUCUUUUCAUUGAGGAAGACACUGGAGACACGGACUGAACUGAUUGGUGGGGCUGACAUCUACAUGCCGGUUUGCCGUCAGCAUUAUGUCGAUGGACAAACUGAUGCAGAAGCUGCAGGAAUACUAAUGAAGUCUAGACUUAGGACUGAUUUCUUUCUUGAGGCAGCUUCAGAGGUUUAGUCACAUGUAAAUUGCUAGCAUGUAAAUCAGUUGUGAGCUCCAUGAAGCGCAUAAUCUAGGUUCUUUCCGUUUCUUUCCUUGCUUUCCAAUGUAGUAGUCGUACUUUUAGUGUAUCUGUAAUUUGUCAUAGUAUACAAUCAUGUGCCUUUUGGCAUUUACAUUUAAUUUGAUAUAGUUGGAGCAACUACAUGUUGCCUGGA